AUGGCGCUAAGCAGUGGAAGCAGAUGGGCGAUACUGGCCCUGGUCAGUGCGUUGUCGCUGGCCCAAGCCUUUAACAUACGGGACGUGAUUGCGUUUCGCGAGGGACACGGACCGCAACCAACCGACAUCUCGAAGCGGACGGCCGAAAUCAUCGUCAGCGAUGGGUAUCUGGUCGAGGAGCAUCAGGUUACGACCGCCGACGGUUACAUCCUGACGAUGUUCCGCAUUCCCGGUGGACCAGGAAAUCCGCCCCGUGACGGUAAACAUGUGGCGUUCGUCCAGCACGGUCUGCUGUGUUCGUCGGCCGAUUGGGUCGUCUCGGGACCGGGUAAGUCGCUGGCGUACCUGCUGGUGGAUGCCGGUUACGAUGUGUGGCUUGGCAAUGCCCGUGGUAACACCAACUCGCGCCGUCACAUUUUCCACGAUCCGGACGCACGCAAUACGGACUUCUGGGACUUUAGCUGGCACGAGAUCGGUUACUUCGAUCUACCGGCCAUGAUCGAUUACGCGCUCCAGUACACGGGGCAAACGUCGUUGCAGUACGCUGGCCACUCGCAGGGUACGACCUCCUUCUUCAUCAUGACCUCGUUGCGACCGGAGUACAACCAGCGUAUCCGUUCGAUGCACGCCCUGGCACCGGUGGCCUUCAUGAGCAACCUGCGCUCACCGUUCGUCCGUGCUUUUGCGCCCUUCGUUGACUCGAUCGAUUGGGUUAUGCGCAUGUUGGGAGUGAACGAGUUCUUGCCGAGCAGCGAGAUGAUGACGCUCGGUGGACAGAUGCUGUGCCGUGAUGAGGCGCGCUUCCAGGAGGUGUGUGCCAAUGUGCUCUUCCUGAUCGGUGGCUUCAACUCACCCCAGCUGAACCGUACGAUGCUGCCCGCUAUUCUCGCCAACACUCCGGCCGGUGCCUCGGUCAAUCAGCUUAUCCACUACGCCCAGGGCUACAACUCGGGACGUUUCCGGCAGUACGACUACGGGCUCACGCUCAACCUCAUCCGUUACGGUUCUAUCCGUCCGCCAGACUAUCCGCUCGAGCGCAUUACCGCACCGGUUGCUCUGCACUACGGUGACAACGAUUGGCUGGCGGCCGUCAGCGAUGUUCGUCAGUUGAAUGGACUGCUCCGCAAUUCGAUCGGAUUGUUCCGCGUGUCGGAUCCGGACUGGAACCAUCUCGAUUUCACCUGGGGUAUCGAUGCGGACACGCUGCUGUACCGACGCGUCAUCAGCUUCAUGGAUCGAUACAACUGA